AUGUCUUCAACGGCAACAACGCAACGUUCUGGCUCCCCUAGAGAGACUUCCAGUUCCCCUGUGCGGUAUCAUCCUGUACCAUCAUCUCAGAACGAUGGCUCGUUUUCCUCUGUGGCCAUUAUCUCCUCCGAACCCAAGUCCGAUAGCCCGGCAGGACCAGGACAGCUAGAUGAAUCUCCACGAGGAUACCUGCUUAGGAGAUUCUAUCUGAGGUCUGUUUUAUUGGUGCUCGUCCCACCAGCCAUCACUGCUUACUUUUGCGUGAUUGAAUGGGCUGUUAUAACAAAAAAUGCAGAGUCAAAUCGAUAUGGUCACCGCAUUGCUCUAUGGGUGUACUACUCGUGGUUUAUUAUUGGUGUCUUCGGCUUGGGUAUCUCCAAAUUUGGACUCGCUGGCGUAGAGGCAGUUAUGCUUCAGGACCGCCAUUGGCAGGUCAAUGAUGCUAUGCUUCAACGGAGAAAUCCAGAACAAGUAUCCAGGCGUGGUCGUCUCAUGUUGCAAGCAAGUACCCUUCCCGUAAUCCCAGGUGCAGGAGUAGUCUACACACCACAAUACCUGGAUCGAAGCCAAUAUAGCUAUCUGGUGUCUUUCCCAAACUCUCUUCCACUUGAUGAACAGGCUCCGGAGCUUUUUCUCGCACCGCAGGGUGAAUACCCAGUUGCUGGAAGGACAUGGGGACUCCGGUUGGGAUACAACUGUUCUGUGGUCACGUCUGAAUCCGAAUUCACGGUCGUGGGACGUAAACCUGAGUUAAAUUCAGAGGGUUCACAAACCUUCAACCUGCUUGCGUACAUGGAAGUCGGCGUAAGGAAGGUCACAUCCUAUUCAACCGACCAGGGUCAAAAGGAGCGAUUCUCCCACGACAAAAAGCUCAACGAUGUCGAUAUCUUCGAAUACGCUUUCUGGCAGAUUCGUACGAAGGCUACUUACGAAAACGAACGUCCAGUCAAUUUUAAUAAUACAAUCGCUUCGCCCUUUUCCGGCUUGGGAGGUCCACUGAUCAAAUUGGACAACGGCUCCUAUCAAGUCAACACUACCUUCUUCGAAGAAGGCCAAGAUCGAUUGUUUAACCAAAGGAGGUAUUUCAAUCUGACAACAGAACAGUUGCUCGAUAUCAUCGAACCUGCUCCCCCCAUCGGGGUCCGCUGCCGCUUUGUUUCCCAACCAGGCGUCGCCACACUUGACCCAUACCAUUCGACAUUCCACUCCUUCAUCCACACACUCCCCAAACCUCUCGCUCACAAAGGAUCUGAAUACCGCGCUGACCCCUUCGGGAGAACUAUUUCUGAUAUGCUCUUUUCCGCCACCUACGGCGCCACCUCAGCGAAAUACGAAACAUACGAGCAGCUAUUCGAAUCCACAAACUCGCCCCCACCAGAAGCGUACUCCAACGCCUCCCGCUACCUAGGCUUCCUCCAGCCGCACAUAGUACUCCAGGCGAUCAUGCGCGCAUUUGGCACGGAAGCUUUACAGCUGAUGUAUGAUGGCAUUAAGGGGUUUGAACAGGCCUGUGUUGUGCUUGGUGUCGUAUAUGGCUUCAGGCGCCGUUGGGCAGAAACAUUGGAUGGAUAUAGUUUCUUCCGGUUUGGGGCGGACCGGGUGGAAGAUAUCAAAGGACGGCCUGACCUCGUUGGCUGUAAUAAGGAGUUGGAUCAAAGCGAGGGUUUGAAGGAGAUCCCUGGGUUGAUCGGCGAUAUGCGCGUGGGACAGCCCAUUGGACAUAUUGGAUUAGUGGCAAGGAAGAAUGUGGCAGACAGAAGUAAACUGUAUAUGUGA